GCGCGCAAAGUGCGGGGAGCCGCGCCUGACUUGCUAGAAAGCUUUGAGUGGAAUUUAUAACUGCAGACAUAACACACGUCCAUGCCACACAACCGCUAACGCCAGGCACGUCGCGUGCACGGUUUAUUCGUGUGCGCCUGGAAUCCUGUAACUUUCUGCGAAAUGACUGCGCUGCGCUGACCAAAGGGAACCAACUGUUUUUAUUAUUAUUAUUGUUGUUAUUGUUAUUAUUAUUAUUAUUAUUGUGCGGACUCAGAACCAAGCUGUUCUUUAAAACUUUUCUUUCAUCAUUCCAGAGGACUGUGCACGGGGACCGUGACUCCACCACUGCGACUUUCGCCAGAAAGUUUUGCAUUUGUUUUUUUUGUCUUUGGUUAGUUGUUUUACUCGGGGCAUGCAGCAACUUUGUUCUGCACACCUGAAGAGAAGCCACCUGCCUCUCCCUCAUUAGCGCGAACGACUAGCCUACAUGCGCUUUAUCUUUUUCGACAACAAAAAAAGUACUUCUGUGAACGGAGGCGAAGCCGGAUAACGGGAGAGAACAAACGAGGCCGAGUGGGGGGGAGAGAAAUCACCGAUGUGCACCUAAAACCAAGGACAGUAAAUCACGGCGCAGGGCCGGUUACUGAGGUGAAGCGAGGACAGGACAGGUUGGUGUUUCUGAAUUCGUGAGUCUCGAGUUUCAGCUGCCGUGCCCGUGGUAUUAAAGCGCGCGCUUGACCCGGGACAAGUUGUCAAAAGAGGGGGAGCGGAGGCGAGCCGGCAGGUGCGCGACUCCACUCGCAGUCGUACGGUAUAUUCGUGCCGCUAAAAAUAGAAGUUGUUUUAAGGACUAACAGCGUGACAUACACACAUUUCCUUACGCGUGUGUGUGUGUGUGUGUGUGCGCGCGCGCGCCUGCGUGUAUUUAGUCCCCCCUCCUCUCUUUUCGGUCGGCGAAGGGCUGCCAGUUCGCAGUCCGUUCCCCGCUUUUCGCUUUGGCUGUGCGGGCAGGAGCAGUCGCAUGGACUGAAAUGGCUACGGACCUCGCCAUGAGCGCAGAGUUACCCAACAGCCCCCUGGCCAUCGAGUACGUCAACGACUUCGACCUCAUGAAGUUCGAGGUGAAGAAGGAGCCACCGGAGGCGGAGCGGUACUGCCACCGGCUGCCGCCGGGCUCCCUGUCCUCCACGCCGAUCAGCACCCCCUGCUCCUCCGUGCCUUCGUCGCCCAGCUUCUGCGCCCCGAGCCCCGGGGCGCAGUCGGGCCAGAACCCCGCCAAUGGCGUCAGCAACAACAACAACAAUAACGGCGGCAACAACAACAACAACAACCAGAACUCCGCCGGCAAGCCGCAGCUGGAGGACCUUUACUGGAUCCCCAACUACCAACACCACCUGAACCCGGAGGCGCUCAAUCUGACCCCGGAGGACGCCGUGGAAGCGCUCAUCGGAAACGCGCACCACCACCACCACCACCACCAAGCCUACGAGAGCUUCCGCGGGCAGCAGUACGCCGGCGAGGACCUGUCCGCGCCGGCCAACGGCCACCACCACCAGGUCCACCACCACCACCACCACCACGGCCACCACGCGCGGCUGGAGGACCGCUUCUCGGACGAGCAGCUGGUCAGCAUGACGGUGCGCGAGCUCAACCGGCAGCUGCGCGGCUUCAGCAAGGAGGAGGUCAUCCGCCUGAAGCAGAAGCGCCGCACGCUGAAGAACCGCGGCUACGCGCAGUCCUGCCGCUACAAGCGCGUGCAGCAGCGGCACAUGCUGGAGAGCGAGAAGUGCACCCUGCAGAGUCAGGUGGAGCAGCUGAAGCAGGACGUCGCUCGCCUGGCGAAGGAGAGGGAUCUGUACAAGGAGAAAUACGAGAAGCUCGCCAGCCGGACCUACAGCGCCAACCAGGGCGCCAGGGACCCGCCCAACGGCGGCCACGGGAAAGCCGGCUCCACGGAAUUCUUUAUGUGAGAGAAAUCCGUUUCUUAAGACUCCCCCCCCCCGCUCCCCCCCGACCGUCGGUCAGACAACUUUACUACAACUUCUGUUUUUUAAUUUUUAUUAUUAUUUGUAUUGUUUUUUCCGUUUUCGUUUACAGUAGCCUAACUCAAUGUAAACCUUAAUAUUGUAACUUAACGUAUACCUAUUUAAAGAAACUUACAGGCACACAAUAUUUAAUUGUGUUUGUGCUACUUCAGGAAGUCUUAAUAAUGGAAUUGAACUUUACUCGGAAACGCCUCUAUAUCUUCAAUUACUUCUAAUCAAGUAAUUUGUAAAGCCAGGAGUUUAACAAAUAUUUAGGUCUUAAAUACAGAUACUCAACCGAAGUAUGUUACGAUUACGAAAAAGCAUACAUUUCUUAAAUUUUCGUUUUUGUCCUGAUACUUUUUCAUUGUCUUAAUCAAAAGUUUGCGAGUCUUAGAGGUGGGUUUCAUGACUUUUAAAAAAAAUGAACCAAGAGAAACGUCUUUCUUAGACUGGACUUACUUGUGGAGAGGAAAAAGCAAUAUAUUUUCUUAAAUUCGGAGGAAAUCCGAAGGACUAUCAUCUUGGGGGGAAAAACACAACAAUGAUGUGUGUUGUUGGAAAGGACAUAUCUGAGCAUUGCAAGUCUACAUACUUAAAAAACAACAACCCUGCAUGCGGGACAUGUACGGUAUAACCAUAUGUCAGCGCCCUUUCCCUCUCCUCUGACACACCUGGAUGGGACGCAUGGCCCGUUGUCAUUUCCCCGGCCCUCCCUCUUCCUCCUCUUCCUCCUCUUCCUCCUCUUCGCCUCUGUCCUCUGCUGUCCCAGAACGGUCCGGAGACGCGCAUGAACAGUGUGUUUUCACGCACCGGCGGCGAUUGAGCGAACGGAUUCGCUAAAAGAUCUGCGACUAAAUAGCAGUUAUACGGGAUAAAGUGUUACCGCAAUUUUCAUUGUAUUUUCUAUUGUUUUAAAGGGAAAAACGUGAAAUAAACUGAGCCAGAUUUUAGACUUAUUUAUUCCCACUUGUAAAUAAUAUGUAGAGUUCGGGCGUUCUUCCCCUUACUUUUUAAAGCCUUUUUGCUUGACUAUUCAAAACGUCUUAAUACAAUGUUUGUAUGUUACAGCAUGCAAAUACUCUGCGAUAUUCUCAUUCUAAUGAAUAUGUACGAUGAAAAGCGAAGCCUACUGCACUAUGUGAAAAACGAUAUGGAAAUCAUGUUUUAUAUUAAACUAAUCUGUUGUUCAAUUGCUGUUGUAUAGAAAGGGUGGGUAUAGCAACAUAAUCCGAAAUGCCAUGAAAAAUUUUAAUUGUAAUAUAAGGACUGCAAUUGCUGCUAAUUCUCUAUGCAUCAACGUUAUUUAAAACGUAUUAAUUAAUGGAUUUUACACUUUCAAAAAGUGCUCAACGUGAAAUAUUGGAAUGACGAUUUCAUGAAAUCAGAUGUAUUGUGGAAAAUUCACCAACACUUGUUUUCAUACGAUCUUCUACCAUUAAAAAACGUGGUUAAAUAGUAGAAUGCAGAUUCUCUUAAAAGGUUACUCAAAGUGCUUGUUUAGAAUGAAGUAUCUUUCUCCAAAAUAAGUACUGCAACGAGGGUGAAUGAGGCCGUGAAUACGAUCCAUGAUAUUGUCAAUAAAAUAUCUGAGGACGAAAAUAA